AUGGAUUCAUUGGAUAUCAUGAGAGUCAUGGAGAUUAUUCCCAUGCCAACUUUAGAAAAUUUUGAGUCCUUUACUUCCGCAACGGAAUAUAUUCGUGAUGCUGUUGUGGCCACGAACAAUAUGGAUAUCAUCUCACAAUUCUUGGUAUUGUGGAUCUCUGUGGCUGUUAUUGCAACUAUUGGAUACUUUUUACUGACUAGCUUGUCAUAUCUCAUCUUCUUUGGAAUCUUUAGAGACUAUUUCCAUCCACCACACGAACCUCAACCAUUCAAAGGACAAGAAUGGCUGGAAGCAAAGAUGAGCUUGUGGGCAAUUCCUUGGUUGUCAUUCCUCACCGCUCCUUUCUUUAUCGGAGAGUUGAAGGGUUACAGCAAGCUAUAUUGGGAAGCAGAGAACGAUCCAUGGUGGUAUUACGCUGUUAUCAUUACUGGAUUCAUCCUCUUUACUGACACUUGCAUUUAUUGGAUUCAUCGUUGGGAACAUACAUUCCCUCUCAUUUACAAGUACAUCCACAAGCCACACCACAAGUGGUUGGUGGUCACUCCUUUUGCUGCUUUUGCUUUUAGUCCUUUGGAUGGAUGGGCACAAGCUUUACCAUAUCACAUUUUUGUUUAUUUGUUCCCAAUGCAAACUAAGUUGUAUAUUUUCUUGUUUAUUGUAGUUCAAUGCUGGUCAAUUAAUAUUCAUGAUGGUGUUGAUUUUGUAGGAAGCAGACUUGGAUCAAGUUCAAGCAAAUAUAUUAACGGAGCACUUCAUCAUUACAUUCACCACACUAGAUAUGAUUACAAUUAUGGUCAAUAUUUCACAUUUUGGGAUAGAAUCAUGGGUUCUCAUUAUGAUCCAAAGCCUGAUUUUGAUACUGGACUUUUCAAUUUACCAAAACAAAACUACAACCCAGGAAUGCAUCCAUCGGAGAAGAAGAAGGAACAAUAA